AUGUCUAAUUUGAAACCUCUGCAAUGCCUCAACCUAGACAAACCACAGCAGAGAACAUUUAUGGAGUUCUUCACAGCAUUGGGCGAGAAACCUGCCAGCACAGUGCGUAUUUUUGAUCGAUCGGAUUACUACAGUUGUCAUGGCGAAGAUGCAGUCUUUGUGGCGAAAAUACUGUUUAAGUCUACGAACGUGAUAAAGAUAAUGGAAAUCGAUGAUCACCAACUGCCAUACGUUUCUUUAAGCAAAAACAAUUUCGAAGGCCUGAUACGAGAGCUGCUGCUUGUGCGCAAUUAUCGCAUAGAAGUGUACACAAAAUCUUCGAAAAAGAAACUUGAGAACGAAUGGUCAAUCCAGUACAAAGGGUCUCCAGGUAAUCUGGCUCACUUCGAAGACGUUUUGUUCAACCACAAUAAUGAAAUGGUGAACGGAUCGGCUCUGAUUGCUUUACACGUUCGCCAAGAAUUGAAGCAGCGGAUGGUUGGUCUGGGUUUCGUGGACGUAAACGAAAGGCGUAUGGGUGUGAUCGAGUUUGUUGACGAUGAUUUCUGCACUGAGUUAGAGGCUCUAAUAGUCCAGUUGAGCCCUAAAGAAUGUCUACUUCCGAACACCACAGGAGAGUACGAGCGUAUCGAACAAAUAAUGAAGAGAAACAAUGUGAUUAUUACAACUCGAAAAGCCAAGGAAUUCACGAUGGAGAAACCAGAGAUUAUCGAAUGUUUGAACAAAUUGCUUCGUUUCCGAGAGGGACAAAAGCAAAAUGCAAAUACCAUACCCGAGGCAUCAAAGGCGGUCGCAAUCAGUGCGCUUGGCGUGGCUUUAACAUAUCUUGAACUAACAAACGAGAUAGCGAAUCACGGCCAAUUCCAGCUGAGUUCUCUUGAUUCGAACCGUUACGUUGCGUUGGAUGCGGCAGCAGUGUCAGCACUGAAUCUCUUUCCCAAACCGGGCACAUCAACCAAAUCGAGCACUUACCGUUGGCAGAGUGUGCUUGGUGUACUUGAUCGGUGCCGCACGCCUCAAGGUCAUCGUUUGAUGGCACAAUGGAUCAAACAACCGUUGCGAGAUUAUGAGCUUAUCAAAGAUCGUCACGACAUUGUAGAGUAUUUUGUCGAAAAUACAACGAUGCGCACGGAGCUGUACGAUAAUCACCUGAAGAAACUGCCAGAUAUAAUGUUCGUGCUUAAGCGACUGUUACGUCGCAAGGCUUCUUUGCAGGAUAUUUUCCGUUUGUACCAGGUAAUACUACGUGUGCCCAGGAUGUUAAGUCUGCUCGAUAUGCAUGAUGCUGGGAAUGUAGCUGUGCUUAACAAUAUAUACAAGCCGAUCAAGGAUAGUUUGGCAGAUUUAAAGUUAUUCAAGGCGAUGGUUGAACAAAUUAUCGAUUUGGAAGCGGUCGAACAAGGUGAAUAUCUCGUAAAAGCUGAUUUCGAUAGUCAGUUGCAGGAACGGAAACAGGAGAUGGAUGAAAUUCAUACGAAAAUGAAACGCCACCUUUCUGCGGUAGCAAAAGAUAUCGGGCUAGAGGCUGGAUCGUCAAUCAAACUGGACUUUGUAUCCCAACAUGGUUUCCAUUUGCGAAUUACGCUAAAGGAUGAAACUUUGAUACGCAAGAACAAUUCUUAUCGUGUUCUAGAUGCGAUCAAAGGUGGCGUACGGUUUACCACAACCAAACUACAGGACUACAGCGAGUUAUUUGCUACGUUGAAGAAUGCUUAUGAAGAACAACAGCAAGCAAUAGUUUCAGAAGUGAUACGUGUGGCUAUAGGGUACAUUGAGCCAUGGACGAUGCUUAACAGCCAGAUAGCCCAGUUAGAUUGUUUGGUAAGCUUUGCUGUUAGCGCUUCAACUGCACCGACUCCUUAUGUCCGGCCCAAAAUGCAUAAAGUUGGACCAAGUGUUUUGAAACUUGUACAAAUUCGUCAUCCGUGCCUCGAACUUCAAGAAGAUGUUAACUUUAUCGCUAACGAUGCAAUGUUCGAUGCUAAAGAUACAACCAUGUAUAUCAUUACCGGUCCAAACAUGGGUGGUAAAAGCACCUACAUAAGAUCGGUUGGCGUUGCAGUACUGAUGGCACACGUCGGCGCAUUUGUACCGUGCCAAAGUGCAGAAAUGUCCAUCGUGGAUUCUAUCCUGGGUCGUGUCGGUGCGGAUGAUAAUUUUACUAAAGGGCUCAGCACGUUUAUGGUAGAAAUGGUUGAAACAUCCGGAAUUAUUCGUAAAGCAACAGAUAAGUCUCUAGUAAUUAUCGACGAACUUGGACGUGGCACAUCGACAUACGAGGGAUGCGGUAUAGCAUGGUCUAUUGCUGAGUGGUUAGCAAAGGAAAGCAAAUGCUUCACUCUAUUCGCCACACAUUUCCAAGAAAUAACUGACCUUGCCACGUACGUGCCGACUGUUAAAAACUGUCACAUGGAAGCUAUCGUCGACGGUGAACGAAUGACUUUAUUGUAUCAUGUUAUGCCAGGUGUGAUGGAGAAGAGCUUCGGAAUACAGGUCGCCAAAUUAGCCAACUUUCCUCCUGGUGUCAUUAAGCUCGCCCAAAAAUUCUACAAUGAGUGUGAAGACCAUCGAGGAUCCCUUAAAGAAAAACAGGAUAGCGAUGGUUUGGCAUUGCUACAAAAAUGUUUUGAUGAGAUUGAUAAUUUUGAUGGUAACAGCGAUACUUUUUCUUUGUCAACUGAAGUGCUGCAAAAUCUACGAUCGCUGAUGAAUUGA